UGAGCUAUGGCAAUGGCCUUUGUGGAUGCACUAAGUAAUACAUGACUAUUGCUGUACUUAUUCAAUAGGUUCAAAAUAUUGUUGAAAAUAAAUAAAAUUAUUCUUGGAAUAAUUGGCUGGUAUUUAAUGUAACCUGCAAAGUAAUCAACAUGUACCGCGAGAAGAACGAGAGCUCGAAAACGUCCUAGCACAAAUAGACUGCAAAAACGCAGAAAUAGAAUGGUCCUACAAAACGUCAGCAGUAAUUUCAUUAAAUCUGUUAGCAAUGUAUGCAUUAAACAAAAUGAACGUAAUGGUAAUAAGUGCGUCCAGAGGUUAUAUAUGGCAUUGUCACGGCUUACGCCGCAAGAGGUCACUACGGUUCUACAAGCUAAUGAAUAUACGAAGGAAUUCGAUGGGCAAAGUUCCAUAAAAUAUUACGAUUCGAAUCAGCUGGCAUCUAAUAAUCCUAUAGAAGAUACUAGAUCGGAGGCCCAAUGCUUACUUACAAAAGGAAUUUUAUUGGGCGUAUUUGACGGUCACGGAGGCGGCACGUGCGCACAAGUCGUAUCGAAAAGACUUUUUCAUUAUAUAUCUGCGUGUUUGUUGCCCACAAAAUUACUGAGACAAUAUCUAAAUACGGUUAAUUCGAAUAAUAAAUUAGAACUACUUCGAAUGUUUAACGAUAAAGUGGAGUUUAUUUCUGAGAUUAAAGAUCUUUAUGAAACGAGUUUCUUAACUUUUAUCAAGGAUUUAGUAGAAGUGGAGUGUACAAGAGAAUUUCAAAUGGAAACAGCUUUAGAGAAUGCAUUUCUCAGGUUAGACAACGAUUUGUCGAACGAAGCGCUUUUAAACUUAGGUAAGAAGGAUACCGCUAGGACUCUCGCUGUUGCGAUGUCUGGUGCUGUGGCUGCUGUUGCGCAUAUCGACGGUCCGCAUCUUCACGUUGCCGGAGUCGGUGAUUGCCAAGCGGUACUCGGUAUACUUUCAGAAGACGAUGGUUGGUCUGCAAAGUUAAUGACCGUGGAACACAAUACCGACAACCGCGCGGAAGUUGAAAGAAUUUUGUCGGAACAUCCGUUAAACGAAAAAGCAACUGUAAUUAAAAUGGAAAGGCUUCUCGGGCAAUUAGCACCUCUCCGUUCCCUAGGUGAUUUUCGGUAUAAAUGGAGCAAGAAGAUUUUACAGGAAGUAGUGGUGCCGUACUUCGGUGAAGCUGCUAUUCCGCCAAAUUAUCAUACCCCACCGUACUUAACGGCCGAACCAGAAGUAAAAUAUCAUAGGUUAACACCUAGAGAUAAAUUCCUUAUAAUAGCAAGCGACGGUCUCUGGGAUUUAAUAUCACCGUUGCAAGCCGUGCGUUUAGUGGGCGAACAUAUGAGCGGAAAAGUAACGUUAAGUCCGUUGAGAUUACCUCGUAAAAAUAUGAAACUAUCCGAUAUAAACAAAAUGUUGUUACAACGUAAAGAAGGUUUAAAAAAAAAGCCUCUCGAUAGUAACGCGGCAACACAUCUACUUCGAAACGCACUCGGUGGUACAGAAUAUGGUAUAGAUCACACUAAAUUAUCGCAAUUAUUAACGCUACCUAGCGAAGUGGUACGGAUAUUUCGCGACGAUAUCACGAUAACUGUGGUUUACAUGGAUUCGGAAUUUUUGAGACACUGUCCUCCAUGAAUGCAGACUAUUUUUCUAUUACGUUUGUACAAUCUUCUGCAACUGAAAAUCAUCGACGUACAGCUAUCGUGUACAGUUUGUUAUUUAUUUAGUUAACAAUAAAAACAAUUUACAUGACAGAAA